AUGGCGGACCAGCAACAGCCCCAGCAGGAGGAGAUGAACGCGGUCCGUGCCGGUGGCCUCGACCUGCCUCCAGGGUUCCACUUCCACCCGAGUGACUAUGAGAUUGUUAGCCACUACCUGACGAACAAGGUGCGCAACAUGGACUUCACCUACACAGCCUUUGAAGAGGUCGACCUAAAAAAGACUGAGCUAUGGAACCUCCCGAUUAAAGCAAAAUGGGGUGAGAAAGAGUGGUACUUCUUCUACCAAAAGGACCACAAGUACUCGACGGGGUUGAGGGCGAACCGAGCCACAAAGGCCGGUUAUUGGAAAGCAACAGGCAAAGACAAGGAGGUCUACAACACCAUAGAAGGGGUGGUGCUGCUGGUUGGCAUGAAGAAGACUCUUGUCUUCUACAAGGGCAAGGCUCCUAGGGGCGAUAAAACCAACUGGGUGAUGCAUGAGUAUAGGCUUGAAGGUAGUGGCAGGCGCCCUGGCCCCACAUCCGCAACCAACUCAGCCACCAAUGUCGCGAUGGCCAUGAAAACUUCAGCUGCUGCUUUCAAGGAUGAGUGGAUGGUCUGUCGUGUGUUUGAAAAGACCACUGGGAUCAAGAAGACGAUUGCACCGGCAUACCAGGUGGCCAUGGAUGGUGCUGAGAUUGAUCAGAAUCAGAACAACAUCUCGACCAUCCCCAUCCCCAUGCCACUGCAGCUACCGCUGCCCGUGCCCAUGCCCAUGCAAUUUCCCAUCCUGCCAGACUUCGCCAUGGACCCGGUGCCCCCAUACUACCCCAAUGCCGGUGCGGGGAUGCCGCCUAUGGCAGGUAUCGGUGGCGCUGGCAGGCUCCAGAUCAACGAUGCCCUAUUCGACAAUCCAAUAGUCGCGCCACCGCAGAUGAACUUCUACCACCAGAUGGGCAUGGGGGCUGCAGCUGGCCAGGUGGGCAUGGGGGCAGUAGCUGACCAGAUGGACAUGGGGGUAGCAGCUGACCAGAUGGGCAUGGGAGUAGCAGUUGCCCAAAUGGACAUGGGAGCAGCUGGCGCUGGUGGCUUCGAUGUUGCUGCGCCAGAGAGUAGGCCAUCCUCGAUGGUGUCACAGAAGGACGAGCAUGCUAAUGCCGCUGAGAUCUCGUCAAUGAUGUGCGUGACCGGCCCAGUGUCUGCGACCACCACCAUAGAGAUGGACAGCAUAUGGAAGUACAAGCACUGA